GUUUUGGUAUAUUCUUGAGAGUCAGCGGUAUAUUUUAUUGAUAAAUCCGCGGUCACACUGGCAAUAGCACACAUAUCCACGCGGAAAAACUAGCUCAAGUUUUAUUUUCACAAACAAGAUGGGGCGCAGCAAAUUCGCUCCGGCGAAGAAGGUGAUGCAGCACGACGAGUUUAUGAAUCGGAUACGGAAAACGCUCUACUAUGGCGUUGGCACAGCAGACGGUGAAAUGGAGGUGUCCAUGCCCUUUGCGGAAUAUGCAUCGGAGAUAUUUUCAGAGCCCCAUCGAGGUCACUCGCUGCAUCGACUAAGCUGCGUGACUGCUGGCAAAAUCCAGACCACACCGUGCUCCCUAAUCAUGGCCCUCAUCUACUUGGACCGCUUGAAUGUAAUUGAUCCUGGCUAUGGCUACAGAAUCACACCCCAGGAGCUGUUCGUUGUUUCAUUGAUGAUUUCUACCAAGUUCUAUGCCGGCCACGAUGAGAGGUUUUAUCUGGAAGACUGGGCCAAAGAGGGCAACAUGACCGAAGCAAGACUCAAGGAAAUGGAACUCGAGUUUCUGUCGGCAAUAGACUGGAAUAUAUACAUAUCGAAUGAACAAUUCUUUGCGAAGCUAAGUAGCGUUGAGCGAACCCUGGCCGAACGAGAGGGACUGCGACGGGGCUGGCUGACCUACAGUGAACUGAUGCAACUGCUGCCCAGCUUUACGUGGAUGAAAUUUUUGUUGAACAGCAUAACCGUAAUGGCACUGAGCUAUGCAGCGAGUGUGAUAACCUUGGCGGGUGCCUUCUUCAUCGCCAGCCAAGUUCCGGGCACGCUUUGGCAUCGUCGAACGGGUACGGACGAUGUGGCAUCUACGGCUAAUUCCACGACACUCGCGACACCUGCAUCUGCACCCAACGCUACCCAAGCUGCUCCUGUUAUUUCUAAUGAAAUGAACCCGUCGCCGGCAAACGAGAGCUGUGGGGCGCUGAAUGUGGAAGCGGAACUGCUGAAGCUGGAGCAACAAUAUUGCGACGAGGCAAGACUGAAUGAGAUGGAAAGCAACACGCAACGCUACGCUCGAUCUGUACCUAAUCUACCACUAAAAACGAAUAACCGAAAGAACGAAAUGUUUGCUGCGCGGGACAAUGCAGACCACUGGCUAAGCAUCAAAUCCGAGUACAGCGACAGUCGUGUAAAUCCAAACUAUUGGAUAUCUGGUUACCGCAACCGACACGACGAUGACUUGGACCACUGGCACCAGGCACAAAACGCAUCCGUGUUCUGGCAAUUGGUCAACGAUGCAGUGCAGAGUUCGUUCCUUGUCCGCUGGCCAGAAAUAUGGCCAAAAUUAAUCUAAAAAAAUUAUAUUUUAUUACAAUAUCACUUUUUAAAUUGUUCUCCUGCAAUUGGGCGCAGUCCCUCCUUUGUCUGUAACGUUAACAACAAUCUUUAACCGUGCAAAUAAACAUCUAUAUUUUUUCAACUAAUUGCAAGCAAUC